GGCGCUGCUACAGCUGGGAUUAAUUUUUGCACAUUUCCAACUUGGAAAGCGGCCAGCGUCGCGAGAAAUAAUGUUGGGUGUUGCCUGGCUGGAAAGUUGAGAGGUUCUCACGGUGAGGACUCCGUUUCUCGGAGUGGCUGCAACGUACGGACUACAAUUCCCAGAUCCAAAGGGGCGAGGAAGGGUUGCCCGUUCCAGGGGGCUUGGCGAGAUCUCCCAAGGCACGAGCGCCCGGCGCGGUAAAGGGAAUGCGAGGUAAAGCGGGAGGGAUGGAGACGCAGGUGGGCUGAGCAGGUGGAGGGAUGCAGGGAGGAGAGAGGCGGGAGGAGCGUCUAGGGACUGUCUGCUCGCCAUCAGUCGCAUGGAGCCGCUUACGUGUCUCUAAGAAAGAGGAAAUGCAGCGCCGGGAGUUGCGCGGGGGCAAACGAGGAUACAGAUUUGCCUACAAUUUGCAAGUGGCAAUUUAUGCCUAUAGAUGCAAAUUUAGAAAUAAUUGCUGUAAUUUAAACCAGGAAUAAAACGCAUCUCGCCAUAGCGGGGGGAGACUGGCCAGGUCAGCUGCCUGUCUGCUGUCUGGGGAUGGGCAAGUUCAAGCCAUCUCUACGCUGCUUUUGCUUCUGAUGGGGUUUGGUUGUUUUUUUUAACCUUUCAACUACAAUGGGACCAGGCAGCCCUUCAGCAGAGGGCUGUCCUUUGUAAAGUAGGGGGCACACACACACACACACAAUCACAAUCUGAACACUCUGGCAUGGGCAUGAAGAUGUAAUGCACUUACAUGCACUUUAUAAUUUUGCAUCUUUUUUAAUCCCCCUCGUUAUGGGGAAAGGAAAGGCGUUACGCAGUGUACUGAAGCAGCCAGGGUUGCUGGAUGAGUCUUUUGGAAUGAUCCUCUGAGGUGGCCAAUUCUCAUGCAACAGUGAACCCGUGUCCAAUCUUAUCAACCACCCCUUGUGGUACAGUAUCAGCCGAGAGGGUCCGCCUUCCUUAUGGCCUUCCUUAUAGCAAGUUUCGCAGCUGAGUGUAGAUUUGAACCUGGAUCUUUUCUUGUGUAUAAACUGCUCCCUGCACUUUACCAUCUUCCAGAUGCAGCUGAGCACCUGGCCUUAAAGCGUUUUUCCUGAAGGAGGUUCCUCUCAAGGUUUUCCCACUGCAUCCUCAGCCUGCAAAGGAUCACUGCUUGGAAUGACAGAUGUGUAGGAUUUUGGAGCAGAUGGGACCCAGGGACCAGCACUUUUUGCUCUUCCCCUUCUUGAUGCUCUUCCUUCUGCCUGGAUAUUUAGCAUUGCUGGACACUGAUGGAGGCUGGUGAGUAGGUACACAGUCAAAAAAUGGAUCAGUGAGAUCCAUAUAUAAUCCCUUCAUGCAUGAACUCACAUUUUGAAAGGUUCCCUUCCUCCUGUAUCACAUUUUUGCCUCAAUUUCAACCAAUGCCCUGUUUGUUUGUUUGUUUAAUUCGUUCAUUGUUGCACAGUCUCCUUUCCCUGCUUUAGGGCCGUGUCUUUAUUUGUUGUACUUUAAUUGUGAUCACUUUAGCAUGUUACUGUGUUAAUAGCCUUGAGAACUGUGAAAGCAGGACCUGUAGAAUAUAGAAACAAACAAAUGAGCUGGAGCUGGUUUUCAAGUGCUCAGGUCUGAUUCAUUCAGGGGGAGUCAGAGAGAGGGGAAGUGAGAAUAGGGGUGUCAGAGAAUAGGGGGUGUCGGAGGGGAAUGGGGAGUGUCGGGGAGAGAGAGAGAGAGAGAGAGAGAGAGAGAGAAUGCUCUGUCUCCACCCUUUGUUGGUUUGGCCUUGCCCCCACCCCAGCAUAAAGAGACCAGGACCCUGCAUUCAUCAUCUGAGGCCCUUCUUCAUGUGCCUCCUCCACAAGAGGUCUGGCAACACGAAAACUGGCCUUUUCUGCAGUGGCUCCCCAUUUGUGACUCCCCUCUCCCCAGGGAGGCUCACCUGGCGCCUUCAUUAUACAUCUUUAGGCAGCAGGUGAAAAUGUUCCUCUUCAACCAGGCCUUUGGCUGCUUAACACUCUGUGUCCUUUUAAAUAUGUUUGGGGGAGGGGAGGUUUUUGUUUUGUUUUGUUUCUUUUCUUGGUUUUUAUUACGUACUCUGUGGGGGGGGGGGCAGUUCUGUAUUUUUAUGCUGUGAACCAUCCUGAGAUCUUUGGGUGAAGGGUGGCACACACAAUUUUUUUAAAAAAAUAUAUAUAUAUAAAUCUAAUAAUAAUAACAUGCUGCCCCCAGAAAGAUUACCCUUGAGAGAAUGAGGCCCUCAGCUGUAAAAAGGCUCCUCACCCCUGCUAUAAAUGGAUAUGAAAAAUAUCCUGUAUUUUAAGGACUGCCUUUCUCCACUCCUUCUCCCCUCAGGUUGACAAGCAGCCACUCUGCGUUAUUGGAAGAAGACAGCUGUACCAUUGAGAGGAGGGAUGCCACGCUAACCUACUCCCAGUUCAUUGAACAGUAAGUGGCAGGGGUGCAGAUCUGAAGGCGCAAACCAUCCCCCGACCCAAGCUAGUUCGUUAAGAAAAUCCCCAAACUCGGUUCCAUGGGUGACCCUGGGUCAUCUCUCUGCGGUAGCUUUUCUUAAAGUUUUAAGUGUCUAUACGCUUAUUGCAUUUAUAAAUUUUAAAUUUAUUGUUGUACAUUGUUUUAAAUGUUUGUUUUCCUUCUGGGAUUUUACCCCCAAGUGUGUUUUAUAAGCUGAUCUCCAACCGUAAUAAAUUAUCUUUCUAUCUUCUGAGUGGCAGGGACGUUUUUUCUGCUUACCUGUUUUUGUCAUCAUCAGAGGGCGGGGGGGGGUCCACAUUCUUGGAAAAGGAGGGAGGGAGAGGUCUGUGAGAUUAUCAUCUUCAUUAUACCUGCACCUUCCUUCGAAGGAGCCAGGGCAGCAAACGUAUCAAUAGAUAAUUAAAAAAAGAAAAGAAACAGUGCAAAACAACCUUCUAAAAAGAAGUCUAUAACUCCUAAAAGCAAUCACCUAUUCUUAGACUAAUAAUUUCAAGGUUGCCAGGGCAAAAACCUUAAAAUGCCUGGCUAUCCAGGCUUGGAGGGUUUCCAUCCUUUUCCACAUAUACACAAGGUUAUCACAGGUGACCUUUUUGCUGUUUAUGAGCAGCACAGUCCUCUGCAUGCCUACUCAGAAGUAAGACCCACCGAGUUACCCACAUGAUACCCUGCUCUAUUCCAUGGGCAGCAUCUGAGGUGCCACAGGCUCCCUGUUCCUAUUAUAAAUAUAGUGUUGAAUCUUAGGGAACUUCCAGAAUGAUGUGUUGGCUGAGCAUUCGCCCUGAUUUGUUUGCCGGGAGAUUAGAGGAUGUUGGCUAUUUAAUUAGCAUUCGUUCUGAUCUGUUUGGUGAUAAGCCAGAUAAGCAAAUGUUAUCCCAUACUUUCCAGUACAUUUCCUCAUCACUUUGCUUAUCUCAAAAAGACUGAACUUCCUCAGGUCUGUUCCACAAGACCUCCCAAUCAGCUAUAUCUGCUCAACACGAAUUUGCAUGCAAUUGAUUGAAUUCCAGCCAGGAAUAAGGACAGGCGUGUCUUUGUUGUCGUUAUGGUGCCUCUUCAAAAUCUUCCUUUUUCUCCUUGGAAGUGGAGGUUCUCAUCCCCAUCUGCAUCUGUACAUAGGAAGCUACUUUAUAUCUAGUCAGUUUCCUUGGUUCAUCCAGCUCCAUAUUGUCUACACUGGCUGGCAGUGGCUCUGCUGGGUUUCAAGCAGGGGGCAUUUCUAGCCCUCCCUGGAGAUGCCAGUGGGAUUCACCCUGUGACGUCUUGCAUGCAAGGCCUUCCCAUUUGACAUCAAAAUGUUUUAAUACAGUGGUACCUCGGGUUACAUACGCUUCAGGUUACAGACACUUCAGGUUACAGACUCCACUAACCCAGAAAUAGUACCUCGGGUUAAGAACUUUGCUUCAGGAUGAGAACAGAAAUCAUGCUCCGGUGCCGUAGCAGCAGCAGGAGGCCCCAUUAGCUAAAGUGGUGCUUCAGGUUAAGAACAGUUUCAGGUUAAGAACAGAACUCUGGAACGAAUGAAGUACUUAACCCAAGGUACCACUGUAUAUGCAAUUGUUUUUUUAAAUGUAAGAUUGUUGGAACUGUGUUUUUAUUGUUAAAUCGCUUUGAGAUGUUUUAUAGGCAGUGAUGCAUAAAUGAAACUAAAUCAAGAGCUGCCUGUUAUAUACAACAGUGGCUGACAUUGGUGUCUCAGAUUUCAGUGGCACCUGUGCAGUGCCAAAAUCUGGCAAGCCACCCCCCCCAUCUCUUGCCUUCUGUUGGAUGUCAUAAUUGCGGCGCCCCCUGCAGCACCCCAGAAGCUCUGCACCCAGUGAGAUCGUACUGGUCACUUUCCCCUAGAUCUGCCUUUGCAUACAACAGCUGUACCUGUCUUAUUUGCUUCUUAGGUAUGCCUUCUCUCGGCCAGUUAUACUCCAAGGAAUAACAGACAACUCGGUGAGUGUCUCCACAACUGCACAUUCAGGUUAAACAUUAGAAAGAAGACUUGGUGCUGGCCCAAUUUCAUAAGCUGGAUCUCCAGGGUCUCAGGCAUGUGUCUCUCCCAGUCCUGCACCCGGAGAUCCCCAGGGAUUGAACCUAAGAUCUUCUGCAUGCAAAGCAAACAGAUGCUCUGCUACUGAGCUGUGGCCCUUUCCUUUAGGAACACAGGAAGCUGCCUUAUUAUGUCAAAGUAGAUCAUCGGUCCAUCUAGCUCAGCACUGUCAAUGGGAUCUUUCGAGAUUCCUUCCAACUCUGAUUCUACUCUUAUCUCCUUCUAUUACCUACAGGAGUUCCAGGCCCAAUGUACCAAGGACAAGCUGUUGACCAGGUUUGGGGACCGCCCUGUCCGUCUUAGCACCGCCAACACCUAUUCUUACCGCAAAGGUGAGGGCAGGGUGGCCAAGAUGCUUUCUGGAAGGAACCAGAGUGGGCUGGGCUUGAGCCUGCAGAAGGCCAGUUGCUCCACUGUGAAUGGAAAAUGGUCAGUAGUUCAUAGGUGGGGAACCUGUGGCUCUCUAGAUGUUGUUGGACUGCCAAGUCCCAUCAUCCCCAGCCAGCAGGGCCAGUGUUUAGAGGUGAGAGUCUCCUCCAUCUCUGGUCUCAUGCCAAGUAGGACACCUCUUUGAGGGAGAUGCAUGCCCAUUGGCUGCAUUCAGCAUCACUGACUUCCUUUUUGCAGUUGACCUGCCCUUCCAGGAGUAUGUGGAUCAAUUGCUGGAGCCGCAGGACCAGACCUCUUUGGGGAGUGGUGAGUAGGGCUUCCCGCAACACCAGAACUCGGGACCAGCCGAUGAAGCUGAACGCUGGAAGAUUUGGGACAGAUGAAAAGAAGGACUUGCUCAUGCAGUGCCUAGUGAAACUAUGGAACUUGUCCCCAUAGGAGGCAGUGAGGGCCAGCAACUUGGAUGGCUUUAAAAGAGGACUGGGCAGAUUCCCAAUGGCUACUAGCCAUGGUGGCUCAGCUCUGCCUCCACUUUUAGAGGCAGUAAUGCUUCUGAAUACCAGUUGCUGGAAAUUUCAGGAGGGGAGAGGGCUCUGGGGUGUUCACAUAGGCAACAGGUUGGCCACUGUGAGACGAGGAUGCUGAACUAGAUAGGUCAUUGGUCUGAUCCAGCAAGCUCUUCCUAUGGUCUUUGGUACUGUUUUGUUCUUGGAGGCUAAGGGGAGAAUAUAGGGACAUCUCAGAUGUCACAGGAGAGUUGGAGCAGCCUCCUUGCUCUGCCUUAGCCUCCUUCAGCUAAUACUGCCCCUCAAUGAAUCCUAGCUGCCCUGUCUGUCUGCUGCCUUUAGUUUUUCCUGAUGCUACACAAACCUGUUUUGCACCCAAUCCAGCCACCUUGCCCAUGCCCUGACUUUUCCCUUGCCAACCACAGGAUUAAUAGAUGCUAUCCUACUCUAGAAUUGCUUCCCCUGCUUUUUAACACCUGCCUCAGGAGCUGAGCUUGGCCUCCAUCCUGCCAUGCAGUCCCUGGUGGGUCGUAUUCAGGGGCCAAUUCCUUGCUUCCCCCCCUCUCCUCCCUGCACAACUGGCAGUGCCACCUUUUUGCUGUUGAGACAGCCAGGCUCCACUUGCUGCUGGCGCAACAGGAAGGCUAAGCUUCUCUUCUCAGCCCAGCUCUUUGUUCAAGGGACUGAACAUGUCCUACCGUCAUGAAAAUCCAACAGUUUGCUUUCGGAACGGGACACAAAAUUGAUUACAGGAUGUUUUUUCUGUUAAGUAAAGGUCUACGGUUGUGCUCUCUCUCCUCCUUGCAGAAACACUCUACUUCUUUGGGGACAACAACUUCACGGAGUGGGGCCCUCUCUUCCAGAAGUAUACCCCGCCACCCUUCCGGAUCCCAGGCACCACUGGAGCCUACAGUUUUGGGAUUGCAGGUCAGUCUCUGGGGCAUCAAAGGGAUGGAAAGGCAGCCGGCACUUGGGAAUUGUUAUCCAAUGUGUGCUUUGAAGGGGCCUGAUCCUCACCCCGAGCCUACUCAUGUAGAUAUUUUGCCCCAAUUGCUCUGUUUAUUUUUAUUUUAUUUAUACGCCACUUUUCUUCUAAGGAGGUCAAGGUGGCAUACAUCUUUCUCCUCCCUCUCCAUUUUCUCCUCACAACAACCCUGUGAGGUAGGCUAGGCCGAGAAGCAGUGCCUGGCCCAAGCUCACCAGGUUUCAUGGCUGAGUGGGGAUUUGAACCCUGGCCUCCCGGCUCCUAGUCCAACACUCUAACCACUACAUCACACUGCCUCUCAGGCUCUAUAGGGGUUUUCAUUUCUGUGAAUUUCAGCUGGUUUCAAGGCAGACCCCAGGCCUUCACCCUCGAUUUAUUUCUUUAGCGGUCUUCCAUAGGGAUAGGGAAACUCAGACCUUGGGGCCGAAUGUGGCCCUCCAACACUCUCUGUCUGGCCCUUGGGACUCUUUCCAGGUCAUGCCCCUUCCCUCCAGGCCAUUCCUCUCACCGACGCUACUUUGCACUCUCCCUGAAUUUUUUUGCCUGGCUGUGGAAUGUGUCCUUGAAGGCUUCUUGCUUGCUUUUCUUUUAAUGGUCAUGGGAUUCCGGGCAUAGCCUUUCUGAGGGAAAAGUGCCAGUGAAUUGGUUAUCUUGCCACCUGGGCAGAGAGACGGCUGCAGGAUUGCUCAAGGUCAUAGUGGUGCAGCAAAACUCAGCAGCUGCAGCUGUGUAGCCCUAACAGUGGGUACACUCUCCAGUGCUGGAAAGUGCUUGGCUAAAGGAGAAAUCUACCCUCCUAUAUCGAAACCUUAUGGUGUGAAGAAGAAAACAAGAACAAAACAUCCAAGUCUGGUAAUGGCAGCAGAGAGAACCUGAAGCAGCAGCAAGAUUAUUCCCAUGGCAUUUGCUGCCAUCAGCCUUCCUCUGAGACAAGGGAAUGGUCUGAACACCUGGAUCCUACUCAGCCCAGGUUGGAGGCAAGUCCUUGAGUUUCGUAGUGGAAGAAAAGCAAGAUAUGUAGCUCUUACAUUUACAGUGUAGUGUUCUCCACCCCCACCCCCAUUUUGUCGUCACAACUCCAGGAGGCAGAUCUUUUAAUGUUGUGUUUUAAUUGCUGUAACCCGACCUGGGACUGUAGGGAGAUGGGCAGGUAAUGAAUUAACUAAUAAUAUCAGUAAACGGACUGAAAGCCAGUGGCUGGCGCAAGGCCAGUCAGCAAACUUCAUGGUGGAGCAUGGAUUUGAACCCAUGUCUCCAAGGCCCUAAUGCAACACUCCAAUCGCUGCACCACACUGUCAAUCAGAAAUCUAGUCUAUAAGCAGCCCAGCCAUUUGGUACCGUGAAUCAGCCUGCAUAACUCAGUUGGUUAGAGCAUGGUGCUGAUAAUGCCAAGGUUGCAAGUUUGAUCCCCGUAAGGGACAGGUGCAUAUUCCUGCAUUACGGGGAGUUGGACUAGAUCAGAGCUUUCCAAACUGUGUGUCGUGACAUGUUAGUGCAGGUAUAGGCAAACUCCGGCCCUCCAGAUGUUUGGGACUACAAUUCCCAUCAUCCCUGACCCCUGGUCCUGUUAGCUAGGGGUGAUGGGAAUUGUAGUCCCAAACAUCUGGAGGGCCAGAGUUUGCCAAUGCCUGUGUUAAGUGUGUCGGCUGCAGUGUGUGACACGAGUGCUCCCUGCGCUCCUUCCAGGACUGGGAAGGAGUUAGUUUAACCUCUGGUUUGCUAGUACAGGUGUCUAAAAAGUGUGUCGCCAACAUGAAAAGUUUGGAAAGCUCUGGACUAGAUGAUCCUCAGGGUCCCUUCCAAGUCUACAAUUCUGUGAUCUAUGUCUUGAUGGUAAUGCUCCUUGAAAAGAAAUGCUAAUUUCCUCCCUUUUUUUUUCCCCUUCUGUGGUCGUUUGCAGGCCCCGGCUCGGGAGUCCCGUUCCAUUGGCACGGCCCAGGUUACUCGGAGGUGAUCUUCGGCAGGAAAGUAAGUGCUUCGGCUGGAGCAAUGAGAGGGGCUGUGAUCGCCCACCUUUGCAUGCAGGUGGUCAGCCUGCACCUGCUAGGUGGUCUUGUUUGAGACAUCAGCCAUGGGUGGGGUGGGGUGGGGGGCUAAACUGGACUGGAUGCUCUUCAAGAGCCUGUUCACCCACCAUCUGGGAGGCCACAGGUUCCCCAUCCCUUUUACUGUUCCUACCAGCUAAGCCCUUCCCUCUGUCUCCGUAGCGCUGGUUUCUGUAUCCUCCAGAGAAAAUGCCAGAGUUCCAUCCCAACAGAACAACACUGUCUUGGUUGUUGGAUACAUACCCCUUUCUGCUGUCGUGGGAGAAGCCGCUCGAGUGCACCAUCCACCCCGGAGAGGUGAGUCACGGCUGUGGCCCCAUUUCCAAAGUUCCAGCCCUUGCCUACAUUACUGUAGAGCCAAGUCAAACUGUUGGUCCAUCUUGCUCAGUGUUGCCUGCAUUGACUCGCCAUGUUUCUCCAGAAUUUCAGGCAGAAAUCCUGGCUGGUGCAUAUCUACACAAAUUGCUGCACUCUAGGGUGGCGCUGUGGGUUAAACCAGAGCCUAGGACUUGCCAAUCAGAAGGUUGGCGGUUCGAAUCCCCACAACAGGGUGAGCUCCCGUUGCUCAGUCCCUGCUCCUGCCAACCUAGCAGUUCGAAAGCACGUCAAAGUGCAAGUAGAUAAAUAGGUACCGCUCCAGCAGGAAGGUAAAUAGCGUUUCCAUGCACUGCUCUGGUUCACCAGAAGCGGCUUAGUCAUGCUGGCCACAUGAUCCGGAAGCUGUAUGCCGGCUCCCUCGGCCAAUAAAGCGAGAUGAGCACCGGAACCUCAGAGUCGGUCAUGACUGGACCUAAUGGUCAGGGGUCCCUUUACCUUUACCUAGCCUGCCACAAGCUUGUGUGGCAUCUCUGGUCAGGUGUCAUGGGCCCACUGCUGUCACCUGCUCUGAAAUUGGCUCUGCAGCCUCGGAAGGUUGACCUGGAUUGUUCUUUAGGAGAUCUGCUUCAUGUCGGACUGCUUGCUUAGCUUCCACUUUUGCUUCCUUUAAGUCUCCAGUGUUCCUUCAUUGCAAGGAAGCUAAACAUGAUAGCACAAUCCCCUGAAACCUCUCACAGGAGGGGUGUGUAACAAUAGGGACUUUAGCAAGGCAUGGUGUUGCCAGGCCCCAUUAGUCCUUGCUUUGUUCUCUCCCUCUCCUCUGCCUUCCCUAUAGGUCCUGUACUUCCCAGACCGAUGGUGGCAUGCUACCUUGAAUCUGGACACCAGCGUUUUCAUCUCCACAUUCCUGGGUUAGCAGAUCUGCAUGGUGGCUCCUCCUUGGCCUUCUUGCCACUACUCCUGUGAUGGUGUACGAAGAAGCAGGAUUUGUCGACAACAUUUGGGGAAUCUGGGGCUAGUGAUGGUGGAGCCACCCCAGUCUCUCACUGGAUCAUAGCACAGAAUUAAGGAGAAGGCAGGUGGUGGUCUGCUAGUGGACUUCCCAAUGUUUUGGACUACAACUCCCAUGAUCCCUGCCCACUGACAAUGCUGGCUAGGGCUGAUGGGAGUCAUGAUCCCCUCCAGAUGUUUGGACAAUGUCACCUACCCCUCGUCUGAAAGAUGACUUGCUAUAGCCUUUUCUAAUCUGGAACCUACUAGACCGCAACUUCCAUUAGCCUUGACCACUGGUUCUGUAGGCUGGGUCUGAUGUGGGGCGUUGUAGUCCAACAUAAUCUGGGGAGCCAUGGGUUUCCCCAUUCCUGGGUAAAAAAUGGACAAGAUGAUGAUGAAUCAGAAAUUUCCAGUGACCACCCUUUGUAAUAGGCAGGUCCUCUAAUUAUAGCCUUACAUUCCAGGAAGGAAAUGUGACUUCCGAAUGACUUAAGAGUUGAAAAUUUGAGAGUCCUCAGAUGAAGUUAAAUAGGCUGUUUGCAUGUAGUCACCUGUGAUAAACAACAGUAGGGUACUCUUUACAGCUGGAUGCCCAUUUAUUUUUUAAAUAAGCCCUAUUCCUAUCCGGUUUAGCUGGUGCAAAAAAAUUAAGCUGGUGAUGUUGUUUCUCUUUCUUUCCCACCAGCUGGGCCUCUGCUAAGAAAAGCUUCACUGGUGAAUUUCUGCAUAUCAGGCUGAUGUUAGGGGAGUAGGGCUCACCCACAAAUGCAAGGUUUGGGGAAAUUCGAGUUUUUACAGAUCUUCUUUGUACCACAAAAAUGUGACCUAUUCCAAGUUUUCCCCGUUGAUUCCUCUCGUCUUCGCUUCCUGCCAUGAAGCCCCAGUUCCAUUUUUUGUUUGUCAUUCAUCAUCUCUGGCAGGGAACCUCUGGCCCUCCAGUUGUUCAUGGGCCUCCCGUCUGCAUUGCCGAUGGUCUGGGAUGAUGAGAGAGCUCCAACUCAGCAAUACCUGGAGGGCCACAGGUUUCACACUUCUGUCCAAGGCAAUCAGGGAUCACAUCCAAUGCACUUGCAGAGGUGUAACUCAGGGGUGAGGGGUCUUGUGCCCUCCAGCUGCUACUGAGACUCCUCCAGCUCCAUCAGUUCCAGCCAACAUGGUAAGCAGUCAAAGAUGAUGAAAGUUCUAGCCAAAUGACAGCUGGAGGGCCAUGCAUUCCCCAAGCUGCAAUUUAGUGCUUUGUGGACAGAUGCUGCCUAAAUGGUUUUUCCAGCCACAUGAGACUUUCCAGAAACACGUUUGCCUCUGACGUUCACUAGUUUGCGAUAAAGGCAGACUCAGCCCUGCUUCUGAUGCCAAAUUGGAUUUGCAGCUUUAGGUCACUCACAUGCGUUCAUAGGAACAUGGGAAGCUGUUGUCAGGCUGUGUGCCCAACCAGCCCAGGAUUGUUGAGUGAUUGGCAGCAACUCUUCAUCAGUCAGAUAAGAGCCUUUCCCAUCAGCCCUUUUAACUGAAGGUGGCUGCCAUGGAGUUCCUACAUGGCUUCUCAGCUUGAGCAUGGUGCUCAUCAAGUGAUAAACUGCAGGACCAAAAGGGCCUCCGCCGUUCCAACAAGGCAGUUUAUAUCAGGGGUUGUGAACCUGUGGCUAGCCAGCUACCGUUGGACUCCCAACUCCUAGCAGCCCCAGCCAACAUAGCCAAUGGUGAGGGGUGAUGGGAGAUGGAGCCCAACAAAAUCUAGAGGGCCGCAAGUUCCCCAGAUGUGCUUUACCCCUCUUCAGAUUAAAUUAGAUCUGCUAACACCAUUUUGCUUCUCAAAGUUUUACCUUUUUAUAAAAAAGAAAAAGGGUUUUGUUUUGCAAAGUUCUUGGAACAAAGGCAGCAAGUGGAACAUUUGCCAGCAGAGUGCCCCUAUUUUACAGAGAACAGCUGGGCUACAUGUGUGUGCUUGUAUGGGGAAAAUCUCAGCAAUAGAGAUUGAGAGCCUUCACUGUCUGCAUUUGCUGGAUGGUCCUUGUUGUUCAUGCUGACCUCCUAGGAAUAACAGUGGAGGGAUGGGCAGGGAGUGGAUGGGACCAAUUUCCAAAGAAGUGCUUUUGAAAGUUGAGUCUGGGGUCACGCUCAACUGUUUUUUCUUUGCAAGCGAUACAAAACAAAUGCAAUUGUUUCUUGAAAGCAGUCAACUUCGUUUUUGGAUUUAAAAUAUGUUUCAAAAACCUGAACUGCUUGUAAAGUGGUCUUCAUGUAGUUUUAUUUUGGGGGGUGGGAUGGGGGAAGGAUAUAAAUGGGGAAAUACAUUAAAAACAAGAGAGGCUGCACUGCUAAGGUUUGUGUGGGCGUUUUAAAGGAAUGCUUUCUCCUUAAUUCUGAUUUCCAAGUAUAUAGUAAACAGGCUGUGAUUGCUGGAGGUAAAGCUUUCUAGACGGGCAGUUCUUUUAAUAAUGCAGAAUUGCAUGCGCUUUUUUUGCAGCAGG